AUGUCUAAGUCGAGUAAAUCAACAAAACACUCCUCAGGACGAAAGGGGAGCUCGUCUAGUCAACAACAACCAGCUGUCCCGGGUUUUCUGUUCAUCACGAACCAGCUCAUCAUCAACAACCCAGAACGGGAUUCGUAUAUGCACCAUAUCCCACCUCGUUCGCCAAGUCAAUACGGAGGUGAAGUCCCGAGCAGAGUUAUGCGCUACUGUAAUGGGGAUGUCACAGAAGCCCCAGACUUUUACUGGCAUCGGGACCCAAGCUCUGUACCACAAGGUCAACUGUUGCGGUAUGAUGGCCAAGGAGGCUACGUCUUGGAUCAUACGCAUAUGCUUUACGCAGUUGAGGAAUACAAAACGUUUGGAGUGGCUGCUUGCAACCCUAAGCUCCCUGUAAUGGUGGUAGAUCAUGAUCCUCUCGUUUCUACUGGGCACUGGGAGCUCCUACGCAUAUUCCACCCGACAAGUCGUCCUGGUCUAUCUCAAGUUGCUACUAUCAAUAGUCGUAUGGGCAUUGGAGGUGGCCCGGUACUUUACGUUGCAGGCAGCGGCCCCAGCUGGAUGCCUGGCUUAGUACCCAGGACAUACAGAUCCCCGCGGUCUAGUGUACCACGCUCAGCAGGUCUUGGAGGAGAAUUACCCAUUAUUCUAGGACUCAUGGCGUUGAGUGCAGCACGUGAUCCGAGUAAUACUUCUGUACAUAAUGUGUUUUUGGGCCAUAAUCGGAUAUGGAAGCAUGGGCAAUGGUUGAGCACUGAUGCGCCCCGUGGACAUCCCUCAACGGCUUCGGAUGAUCCCACAGGUUUCAUCGUCAAGGUGUUUCUUGACCCGGAUGACCAAUAUUCAACACCAGAGCGGCUCCUCAACCUAGAGUGGCAGAGCGCUAUUGUUCGAGAGUGA